AUGAGUGUUGGCCUUGCUCAGCCUAGAGUACGGGUUUUAAAGAAGAAGGAUCUCUCAGAACAAAAGCAGAGUAACUGUGAACUGCCCAAAUUUUGUUCUCAUUUACGAACAAGCCUACUAGAUAUCAGUGAAAAGACUGAAGAUACAUUAAUACCAAGUUUCAAUUUUAAUAAAAAUAAUCUCCCUCGAUAUAUGGCAGUUACUACUCCAUCUCAUUCCAAGUGUCAUGGUGCUUCUGUGGACUCAUUAUUACAUGAUUUUCAGUCAAUGGGGAUUGUUAAAGAAGAUACGGAUGAAGACAGCUUCUGUGAUCGCGCUGACUCUAAAAGGAUUUUUCUUCCUCUUUCCUCUUUUUCACCCUUAGAACGUAACUACAAGGCUGAAGAAAUUGAUCUGGUUUAUUUUGAUCACCUCCACAAUCUGGGAUGUAAAGAAUCGGAGUAUUACUACCCAGACAUAUUGCCACCCCCAUUUAAUUCUUGGAAUCUUCAGCAGAUGGCUGUAUUUGUAAAUUAAGAGGGCAGAUCUAAUACCGGCUAAAGACCACCGAGAUUACUGGAGAAGUACAUUGAUAGAAUCAUUCAGUUGGAGUGGCUACAGUUGCAAACUAUACAGAGUGAAAAAAGAAAAUCAGGGAGAUCAAGGACCCAGACUGCUCCAAGCAAUUUAAGAGCUUUAAAAAGCCCUGGAAAAAGCAAGAUAUUGGAGAAUCCAUUUCCUUCCAGGCAAGAGGUUCAGCAGGGAAGGGUUUCAAAACACCACCAAUCACACACAUCACCUUUACAUAAAAAAGUUCAGUAUGAAGAAGUUCACCCAUCGAAUUAUGCAUAUCAGAGCUCUCCUAAAGCUGCUGAAGUAGUAGGGGAUGGAUUAAGUCUCCAAGAGCAAACAAGUAAAAUAGGACAAAAGGGAAAGAAGAAGAAGCCAAGAGAAAGUACCAAAGAGCAACAUUUUGCUAUGCCGUCCCAUGGUAGUAGGGCUAAGUGUCGGGGGAUUGAUAACAUUAAACUUCCCCAACAGUCACCUGUGUUUCUCAGCUCUGCAAUCCCUUUGAAGGGAUUCAAAGUAUGUGAGCCUGUAAAUCCUAAAAAGAGCAGAUAUGUGAAUAGUUUGGGGCCUUAUCCAAGCAACAUAAGUGAGAGAAAAGUGAAAACAAAUGCAAUAAAGCAAACAUCGAGUAAAUUUAAAUAACUACAUAAUUUAAAUAACUAUACACUUAUAUCUAUACUAUACUAAACACUAUGCCAAACCCUAAGUAUCGAAAUGCUUCUGUGGUGAAAAGCAGCACAUAUAGUGCUCAUUUCUUAUCACUUUUCGGAAAAUUCAGAAGAAGAAAGCUUAUUUGACAAUCCUUUUACUAGCAAAAGGAAUUAAAGAUUUAUUUUCUUUUAUACACACAAAGGUCACCCCAAAAGAAGUAGCGUCCGAUGAACCUUGCCCUGGACUGAUACUCCCAGGCAUCUAAUGAAAGCAUGUUAGGUAAAAAUAAACUCAUACUCUUUAGAUGAUAUGAACGGUAAGUGCCAUAUUGGAGGGGUGGGAUUUACUUUUUCCUGGAGAAGAGCCAACUGUGUUCAUAAGCUCACAGGGUCAGCAUAGUCCUAACUAAGCAGACUUGACUUUUUUUCCCCCUUGUUCGUGACUUCAUUUGUACGUUCCUACUAUGGAAGGUGAAAUGAUAUCGGAUUCUACAAGUGAGAUAGGACAGGGACUGGGUUGGAACAAUUUAUCUGUAUUUUCCUUGGUGCUUGGGACAGUAAAACAGUAAAAAUAAUAAUCACUCAAGACUCUCUUUCCUUUUUUCCCAACCUUCACUCCUUUGCAUAAACUAAAGCAGUAUAAUCAGUUCUUACCUCUCAGAGAAAAUUUCAAGUCUUCUUUCAGCAUAAUUUUAGUUGCUUCUCACUAAAUUAGUCUCUCUUAAUAGAUUGGUUUUGAUGCUUUAUAAAUGUAUUGUGAUAGUGUGCAUCUGGAAAAAGUAUGCUCAAUUUCCAGCUACUGGCAAUGUGCAAUUGGAGGGACUUUAAACUUGUUUAAAAAAGGCAACUGGAAAAAAAAGGUGGAUAUGUUUGUAGUAACACUUUUCAUUAACUUUUCCCAGCUGGAAGUUUAUUUUACUUAUAUUUCUUUUUGGUGUUUAUAAAUAUAACAAAUCUCCUUUUCCUGUUACUUCUCAUUAAAUUGGGAUAAUUGUGUUGCCAGGUUUACCGUUCAUGUUUGUGAAAUGUUUUUAAAUUUUGGAUGGCAUACUGAUAGAGAAAUACCAUUUUAAUGACUCAGUGCUUUAAACAGUUUUUAAAAAAAUUUUUUUGACUUGCAUCUCUCAGGCUUAUAAUUUUUAAAUGGAGCUUUUGUUUUUAAAUAUUCAGUAAAGCAUGAAUACAAAGGAAUUUAUUCCUUUUGGAUAUACUUAUAAAACUUUUCAGGCAUGAUAAAUACUUAAGUUUGUAAGUGAAAAUUUUCAUUUUUAAGAGAGGUAUCUACCUUGAUGGUAAGGAAAAUGUGAAAUGUUAAGAUUACAUCAGCACAUUAAUUAUAGUUUUAUUUUGCAUAGGUUCAAUUUUUCUGUUUAUUUUAGGAACAUCUUCUAGGGUCCCUCUUUGGCAUAUUUAGUCUUAUAUUUUCUCCAGUGUUGCUUUCUAUUCUCCCCUAAGUUUUUAUGCAGGUCUUUGGGGCCAAGGGGAUGAUAGAUGAUGACAAUGAAUAAUUUGAAAAUGAUAGAGGCUGAUGAUACAGGCAUCAGAGGAAGAGAAGGUGAGGAAUGGAGAGAAGUGGAUGGUGCUAAAGUAGCAUGAAGGAGACCAACUUUUCUCUUCCAAGUUAGUUUAGGAUUACUGAGAGAAGGAGAGAGUGGUAAGGGACACAGUAUGGCCUGAAGUAAAUCCCAUCAUAGUGAUGGUGAGAAACAGCGGGGACUGGAUCAGAAAUAGGAUGACGAUGAAGGGGAAUUCGCCCAUGAUAAAGUGGGGUUUCCACAGGCUGUAGCUUCUAAAGUGUGGACAAAAUAGAGAAAUUACCUCUUGGUGAAUUUAACCUUUAUCUCUGUUGCUAUAUUCCAUUUUUUGACAACAAAUUUCAUUCUUUAUCUCAUUUCUGUUAUUUAUUAAAGGAUUUUUCAUAAAGGAA